UACUGCAGAUAGGGGGCAUCACACGAAGAAGUUCUAUUGUCAAGGAAGUGGUGGUGAUGCCUGCUGUCUAUGAGACUAUGGAAAAUAAUACUAAGACCGAGACAUUCCUUAUCACCGGGGGAGGAGGUUAUUUUGGCUUUCGUCUUGCAUGCAAACUGAACAACAGGGGAGCCAAAAUUGUUUUGUUCGAUGUGCAGCCUCCGGGACAGGACUUACCAGAGGGCAUGGUGUUCCACCUCGGAGAUAUUCGUGAAUAUAACCAAGUGGUGAAGGCCGUUUGUGGGGUAGAUUGCGUAUUCCAUUCAGCCUCUUAUGGUAUGUCGGGGAGAGAACAGUUAAAUCGACAACUGAUUGAGCAAGUGAAUGUGAAAGGCACAGAGAAUGUCCUCAAAGCCUGUGUAGAGUGCAGUGUUCCCAGACUAGUCUACACCAGCACCUUUAAUGUGGUGUUUGGUGGCCAAGUCAUCGAGGGAGGGGAUGAAACCCUUCCGUACCUGCCUCUCCAUCUCCAUCCUGACCAUUAUUCCAGGACUAAAAGCCUUGCAGAGAUGGAGGUGCUCAAGGCCAAUGGCACUCCACUAACCAAUGGCGUGGGUGAGCUACGAACCUGUGCCCUGCGUCCAGCUGGAAUAUAUGGCCCAGGAGAGCAGAGACAUCUGCCAAGAGUCGUGGGUUACAUUGAGAGCGGAAUCUUCCAGUUUGUGUAUGGCGAUCCCAGCAGCUUGGUGGAGUUUGUCCAUGUUGAUAACCUGGUUUCAGCACAUCAAUUGGCAGCCAAAGCCUUGACAGAGGAACAGGGAUACUGCGCUGCUGGCCAGCCCUACUUCAUAUCUGACGGCAGGCCUGUGAACAACUUUGAGUUCUUUAGACCUUUGGUGGAAGGUUUGGGGUAUACAUUUCCUAAAGUGCGUUUGCCUGUGUCUGUAAUAUAUUUCUUUGCAUUCCUCACUGAGAUGGUUCAUCACCUAGUGGGCCCCAUUUACAACUUUCAGCCUUUGCUUACUCGCACAGAAGUCUAUAAGACCGGGGUGACCCAUUAUUUUAAAAUGGAGAAGUCCAAGAAAGAGUUGGGGUAUGAACCUCAGGAGUAUACCAUGGAUGAAGUUGUGAACUGGUUCAAAAGUAAAGGUCAUGGCAAAAAACAAAGCACUUCCUCAACAAAACGGUUAAUCUUGGAUGUUUUCAUCAUAGUUGCAUUUGUAGCUGUGAUACUUUCAUACCUCCCUGUUGUUGGGCAUUGAGUUCUUGAAUUUGACAGAAACCGAGAAGCCUUUGUUCCAGGCAUCAGCAAAACUUACAUGAAUAUAUAAGACCUAGUAUAGAACUUGUGUUUAUUUUCAAAUCUUUUCAAAGUAGGAUAUUGAAGUAUUUGUAAUAUUUAAAAGUAGUAUUGAAAAAUAUAACAAUAGUCCCUAAGACCUUUGUUCAUCUUCCAUGAACCGUAGAGAUCUGUCAUGAAGCAUGACAUUUUCUGACCAAUUUCAAAAGCAUGAAAGGAAUGUAUUGCUACCUCUUGUAAAUAUGUGCCCAUCAACUCAAUGCAGUUAUGUUCACAUGUCUUAAAGUGUUAUUAAACAUCAAUGUGAUGUGGAAAGAAUACACAUUUGAAUCUC